AUGACUUUAGAUAUUGUGUGUAAUUUUCGUAAAUGCAGAAGAUCAUUAUCUAGUCAAGCUUGGGUCACGACGUGUUCACAUGCAUUUUGCGUGGAACAUGGAAAAAGCGAAUUUAGGCAUAACGCUGAGAAUUCAUUGACUUGUCCCGCAUGCGGAAAUGAAUUGCGAGAUAAAUUCGACGUUAUUCAAGCUGAUCUUAAACCAAGUGAAACAUUUAAGUCAAUAGUUUUAGCAGGAUUAAAACCCGACACCAUAAUGGAUGUAGCCAUGCGUGCGAUGUCAUUUUGGUCAUACCAAAUUGAACAAGAGACUCUAUAUCAGGAGACUUUAGCAAAGCAUUCAAAAGAGAAGCUUCAGUGUCUAGAAGAAGCCAGUACUAUAAAUAUGAAAAAACUUCACGCUGAACUGGAAGGUUGUAAACGUAAGAUUACCACAUUACAAACAGAAUUCAAUAAGAAAAGGAAACAAACAGAGGAAUUAAAUGCUAAGAAAGCAAUACCAGUAAUCGUGAUGUCUUUAUGGAUAUUUCUGAAUUAG